AUUUGAAUUUUAAUUAAUUUAUUAAUUUUAAUAGUAAUAGUAUUAAUUAGAGUUGCAUUUUUAACUUUAUUAGAACGAAAAAUUUUAGGUUAUAUUCAAGAUCGAAAAGGUCCUAAUAAAAUUUUUUUAUUUGGAUUAUUUCAACCUUUCAGAGAUGCAUUGAAAUUAUUAUCUAAAGAAUGAUAUUUUUUUAAUUAUUCUAAUCUUUAUAUUUAUAGACCAAUAAUAAUAUUUUUUUUAUCAUUAGUUAUGUGAAUUUUAUAUCCUUGAAUUAGAUGUAUAUAUAAUUUAGAGUUUAGAAUUUUAUUUAUAUUAUUAAUUUUAGGAUUAAGAGUUUAUCCAGUUUUGUUUGUUGGAUGAAUUUCUAAUUGUAAUUAUGCUAUUUUAGGUUCAAUACGUUUAGUUUCAACAAUAAUUUCAUUUGAAAUUAAUUUAUUUUUUUUAGUUUUUAGAUUAAUAUUAUUAAUUGAAAGAUUUUCAUUUAAUGAUUUAAUUAAUUAUCAAAAAAUGAUUAAAUUUGUAAUUUUAUUAUAUCCAUUAUAUUUAAUAAUAUUAACAAGAAUAUUAAUUGAGUUAAAUCGUACACCAUUUGAUUUGAUUGAGGGAGAAUCUGAAUUAGUUUCAGGGUUUAAUAUUGAGUAUCAUAGAAGGAUAUUUGUAUUAAUUUUUUUAUCUGAAUAUAUGAAUAUUAUAUUUAUAAGAAUAAUUUUAUCAGUUAUAUUUUUUGGAUUUAGUUAUUGAUCAUUAAAAUUUAUUAUAAUUUAUUUAUUUCAUAUUUGUUUAAUUAUUUGAAUUCGUGGUAUUUUACCUCGAAUUCGAUAUGAUAAAUUAAUAUAUAUAUGUUGAACAGAAAUGUUAAUAUUAGUAAUAAUUUAUUUAAUAUAUUUAUAUUUUAUUAAAGAAAUUAUUUUAUAA